AUGAAUAGAAGAAAGAAUGAACAUAUUCAUAAUGCAUAUGAAAGGAUUUUAGAAAUUAAAAAGAGGAUUUAUAAGUCCUAGACUUAAUUCCCUUCAUUCCUUUGGCAUCAUAUGUUAAUGUACAAUAUUUCCUUAAAUUUCAAUUUUAUUUACAUGCCUCCAGGUUUCUAAUAAUAAUUGAAGUUUAUCAAACCUAGAAAAUUGAGAACUUGGUUUGAUGAUAUUCCAAUUUUAGUCGGAGUUGAAGAGUUUGAAUAGAUAGAAACUUGCGCAAUUUGUCUAUUAGAACUAAAUGAAAAAAAUGUUAUCAAAAUACUAAAAUGUAAUCACUUUUUCCAUUAAGAAUGUAUCAAACAAUGGCUAUAACUCAAAGCAGAAUGUCCAACCUGCAGAGAUCAACUUAACAAAUGA